AAGAUGUUAUUCAUGUUUUACUCCCCCGCAGUCUCAGCAACGUUUCAACGGCGAUAAAUUGAAAUGAGUUGGUCAUUUCAUGACUAGGAAAAAAGCCUCAGAUGUCUCUUCAAGAUUCCCAUUUAGCCGUUGCAUCGGUUAUAAGCGGAUGUUUUUCCUUGUUUGAGCAAAAUAAUAAAAUACGUAAUUUCAUUAUCUGUUAGGAUUAACUAGUGAGUGAAGUGGUCCAUGUCCUCCGCUGUGUCGGCGGAUGUUACCCUCCGGCACGAACCUUCAAAUGUACAUUAGAGCUGCAAGUCGUUGAAAACCUUGUUGAUUGUUUUGGACGUUUCUCGCUAGUUUGUCUAUAUUUGAUAAUGCAAAAGUACGAAACUAGAUUUUUCAAAAAAAAAAUAGGAGGAAUAAACGACUAGAAAAAAAAAACACAGCGAGAGAGAUGCAGAGGACAACGUAACGUCGAUUAAAAAUGAGAUAUUCUGACUGAAGUUUCUGGAGCCAUUUAUUGUGCCCUUCUCAUCUAGAAGUUGCUAGAAAUGUAAAGACGCGUGCAAUUCCAACUAGAAACAUUGAUUAUUUACCCUCAAAGCUCAAUUUCACCAGAAAACUCGCCGAAUUUGGUAGUUUCACCUUGUGUUUUUUCACAAGGUGGCUAUAAGAGAUGUUCCAAGAUUUCUGUGAAGUAGAACAUUUUCACUUCUCUUAUCGUUGUGGGUUUCCCAAACUCCCUUUCAAUAAUUAAAUUACCCGAGUGUAAAAAAGAAAAUGAAAAAUGUGGGAAGCUGUAAAAUUCCGAAGUUGAUCCUCCACACAUUCCCGACCGUUACAACCCCGGAAGGAUAUACUUAGUGCUACUCCAUAAAGAACUGGCAGUGCAGUGGAAAGCACAGAAGUCUCAUAUCUGAGGAGCUCAAGGAAACUCCAGUUUGUACAAAAAUCUACCGCGGAAAACAAAGAAGGUUUAUCAGGCGGAUUUCAACAGAAUCGAAGUGCUUCCUACAGCAGAUCUUGUCUGAGGUCCGUGAAUGGCAGAACAAAAGCAAGGAGCUGGAUGGGUAUUCAGCAAUCUCCAGCAGUUCCUUCAGCAUGCUUUGAACUGUUCAAAUCCCAGCUGUAUUCUCCCACUUUGUGUAAACACCAAGCUAAAGUUACAACAUUCACAAGGAUGCAAAAAACUCAGUUGCACCAUUUGUCAAGAGGUGAGACAUCUGGCUUCCAAGCAUUCCGAAUCUUGCGUGGAUUACAACUGUCGCAUCCCUUUUUGCAUGGGAGCAAAGCCGGAUACUCAUGAAAGAGUUCAACUUAAUCUGAGUAAGUGUUUAGACGGUAUAGUCAAUGACGACCAAUCUGCAGUAGGUUCCGCAUCGAUAGGAAGAGCCAUUGCGGCGACAGCAAGACCACAGGGCUGUCUUGAGUCUUUAAGCAACAAUCAAGACAGAGAAUCGACUCCUAACCUAACAUUAGCAACACCAACAUCGAUGUCACUCUCAAGACCCGUAAUCAGCAUGGGCAGCCUUCCGCCAAUGACUUCCAACACAACCAUCAGCAAUCCAGCUCCGUUUCAUAACACCUUGUCAGGAACAAAUUCACCUCACCGUCGUCCCAAUGAAAACAAUGUUUUUCAAUCCAACAUUAACGUCGCAAGUGAUGCAGCUUCUUCACCGUGGUACGGUUUUGUGGAACCUUUACCAACAUAUCAUGAAAGCACCUUGACGACAAACACCCAGGAAAGGACCACCUGGCCGUUAAUAACCACAGCGGGGGAAAAUGCAGCAGCAAAUACACGCGUUACGACUGACCUUUCAUCUUCCUGUCCUCCCACACGACAACAAAACGAUGCAGUAAGUGUCCAGAUGAGCCAAAACACCAAUGGACAGACUCAGCAGUCGGCAGAUCAACUGCUAGAUACCACUUGUUUUCCUACUCGAGUAGAAGCCUAUCACAGUUCGCCGCCAGCGAUGGCCAUCAGUUCCAAUGGCGGUACAGCAAAAGUUAACAGAGCACAUAGCACUCGCAUUCUGGUGAAAGCACGCCUUAUUGACAAGUUAUGUAGUAUUCUACGAUUAAUUAAGCGGACAAGAUCCACCGAGGAACUCUUGAGGUGUAUAAAGUCAUUGAGCAUUGCUCUAGGUGAACUGAGUGAAAAAUCUUAGGCGCUAAACAAUAAGUUUUACAAAAUGACGUGACCUUGACCGACUGAGCCAUCGUUCACACUGCGCCGGAGGAAUUUAAAACCGCAACAAACACCGUUCACCUUGGAUUUGUGUUUGACAAGAACUCAGGCAGGGAUAUCACAUGAUUAGCAUGACGCCAAAGUUGUCCGUUCUCACAAGAAUGCAAAGCUAGCUUUGAAAAGCGUUUCGAAAAGCUUAAUUUUUAUGAUCUAUGGACAUUUCAUUUAUAAAAUUAAUUUUUACAAAUUGCAAGUCGUUUAAUUACAAUGCAUAUUUACCUAUAUAUGGUAAAAACUCAAUUCUUCGCAUCGACUUUCACGCAUAGCUAAAAUGUCGUUCACCUGAGGAUUACAGGAUAGACUAUCCGAUAACUGGAGCUUCCCACGCGGACGGUCCCUGGGCUGGUCACGUGGGAAGGAUUGCGUGACGAGCCCAAAGACGUCCGCGUAGGAGGCUACAAUUAAACGGGACCGUUCCUCGCUCUCGGAAACCGAUCAGUGUGCGCGCGGGAUCCGCUGCAUUCCGCCCAUCUCUCGCCGAGAGAAAGAAAAAAGGAAUUCAUCUGUCACUUACAAUUUUUCAAGUAAACUCUUUCCUUGUAUUUGUUACGUACGUACGAUGCGCUCUUCUUUUUAUAAGGAUAUAUACAAAAACAGCACUAGCCGUGUGUUGGAUACUAAUGACAUUUCUGUAAGAAGUUAUGUGCGUCAUAUCAAGCUUUAUUGCAUGCAGCCUGGCUCCAAAAUUACUUCAACGCCACCAAAGUCAAUAAAACGCAAAUGCCAUAUGCUGUAAUCUAAGAAUACUCAGGAAUAUUUUCAGCCUAAAUCGGCAAAAACAAUAUCCUUAUAUAAAAAAGAGUGUAUGUAGAGGCAAUGGCUCUUUCAUUUCUAUUUGUACAAGAGGCCGAUUUACCAAGGAAUUAGGCCACGAGUUAUUUGUUCACUCAGUCUAAAACUACUUGAGCAACCCAAGCGUGUCCUUAAGAAAAGAGCCAAAAGAAGCCGGGCCUUACCAAACAGAUAAUUCCUAAUUAUAACAAAAAGAGUUACUACAAGCAAGCACGAACAAUAAUCGGCCUGCCGGUGCACCUUGGCCCAUAGAUUCAUCAAGUGAAUAUAUAAAUGAAAAUUUCAGCAAGUUAAGCCGACGUAAUGUAGAAUUUAACUCGAUUUAAUGUGGCAUUUCGGCUGGCCAGUACCAACCUUCAGGCAGGAAUAGAUCGAGGUAAGUACCUGAAAAAGGCAUUCAGAGAUCGGUUUGAUAGUACGGUACAAAUUUUAUUAGCACUCCCCAAGGGGGCUUUUCAGUACUAAUACUACUUAAUAAGUUACAUUAAAAUCAAAAUGAAAUAAAUCAACGUACCAAGCAAUUAUAGAAAUGAUAUGAAAUA